AUGGUACUAAAACGUGCUGACGAGCAUGAGGCUCCAGAAGACAGCUCAAUGAAGGAUGGGAUCUUCCGGCAAUAUAAUACCAAAGCGCCAUCAGAAACGCAGGUUAUCCCACUCUUUAGUCUUAAAGGCAAGACGGCAAUCGUCUCUGGAUCAGGUGCUGGUAUAGGCCUUGCCGUUGUACAAGGCUUUGCCGAAGCUGGUGCAAACGUAGCAAUAUGGUACCAUGGCAACAAGAAGGCGCUUGACAGGGCGGCCGAGAUCGAGCAGAAGUAUGGCGUGAAGUGUAGAGCAUAUCAGACCGACGUAACGGACUAUGACAACGUCAAGGAAGUCAUCUACGAGAUUGCACGCGAAUUCAAUGGCCGCCUUGACAUAUUCGUGGCAAACGCUGGCAUCCCAUGGACUCAAGGUCGUAUGAUUGAUGGCGAGCUCUCUCAUUACCACAAAGUCGUGGCGACAGAUCUAGACUCCGUCUUCUACUGUGCCAAGGUUGCGGGAGAGAUCUGGCGGCAUCAGUACGAGACAGGCCUCAGCAUGACCGGUGAAACGCUUCAGAACUACCGCUACGGUAGCUUCAUCGCCACCUCUUCAAUGAGCGGGCAUAUCGCCAACAUCCCGCAGCUACAGUCCGCUUACAAUGCCGCAAAAGCUGGAGUUCGCCACCUGUGCCAGAGUCUCGCGGUAGAGUGGGUGAAGUUUGCAAGAGCGAACAGUAUCUCGCCCGGCUACAUUGCGACUGAGAUCUCAAACUUCAUUCCGCCGGAGACGAAGGCGAUCUGGAGAGGGAAAAUUCCGAUGGGAAGGGAGGGGGAAGCACAUGAGCUGAAGGGUGCUUAUCUCUAUCUCGCCUCCGACGCCUCGAGUUAUACUACCGGCACUGACAUCGUGGUCGAUGGUGGCUAUACUGCCGUGUAG